GCCCAGCCCAGCCCAGCCCAGCCAGCCAGCCAGCCGCGACUGCGAGUGGAGCGCCCACGGGAGGGAAGGCAGGCGGGCAGGCAGGCAGGCAGGCAGCCCUCCCGGAACGUCGCCGGACGGCGCGGCCCGCCCGCCAGACGCGCGCCAGCUGGGAAAGCGCCCUCUCCGCGCCCGCCAGCCUGCUGCCGAACCUGGUGAGUCUGCGGAAGACCUGAAGAGCUGCGUGGAGAAGCGGUGUGGAGAAGAGCUGCGUGGAGAAGCGGUGCGUGCAUGAGGGCAGUCAUGGAAACGGUGCUGAUAUUCCUCUGCUCUCUGCUGCUUCCGGCGAUCUUUGCCGACGUGACUGAUCCAAAGGAGGACAAGGAUCCCUUUAAUUAUGACUACCAGACCCUGCGGAUUGGUGGCCUGGUGUUUGCGGUGGUCUUCUUCACCGUUGGAAUUCUCCUUAUACUGAGCAGACGGUGCCGAUGCAGCUUCAACCAGAAGCCACGGGCUCCAGGAGACGAGGAGGCACAAGCUGAGAACUUGAUUGCUGUGAACGCCAUACCGAGGCACCCGCCAGCAGUUGCAGGGCAGAGCGACAGGGCAAUGGCUGGUGAGACCUUCCCCGAGGCGGAGAUGGACAGAUUCACGUACGAUUACGAGACCAUCCGCAACGGGGGGCUCAUCUUCGCCGUGGUGGCGUUCCUGAUCGGGCUGCUCGUCGUGCUCAGCCGCCGGUUCCGCUGCGGAGCGAAGCGCCAGCCCAGGCAAGCCGACGAAGAGGAGCUCUGAACAGCCGCGAGGGGCCGGAAGCAGCGCCGCGAGGGAGGCGGGCCGACCUGCGGGGAGCCUCGACGACGGCCGCCGGCGCCCGAGCUGCGUGGGAGCGGCGGGCCGGCGCCCCUGUUUGCCCCUCAAUAAAGUGUCCGGCACAGAAA